AUGUACCAGUUCCUGAACCCCUUAGAUUCAUAUUUGAUCUUCUCCUCCCCCUCCAGCUCCCUAACAGUAUAUUACGAAAGGAUACAAGGGCCUGAGGGAGGGGGUAGAGAAGCCGAGGAAGAACGCGAGGGACAAGGCGAGAGUAUUUUAAACAUGAGUUUGGAAAACUGCCAAUCAUCAAUUGAUGUUCAGUUUAGUGAAAAUGAUGAAAUGAUUCCAUCUGGCUGA